UACAUCUAGAUGUUUUUUUAAGGAUGUCACCUUACCCAUGUUCAGAAAAUUCCAGCCCGCCGGAACUGAACUCUUCAGGCUUUGGCGACUCCUACGAAAUUCGUCGCGUUGUUGUGCAGCCGCACGGUCCAUACUAUGCCGACACGUCCUCCUCGGGCACGGUCAAUUAACGAACUACUCCGAGUCGCCGGCCGGCCCCGCCUCCUCCCUCGAGGCGCCCUCUGCCCCAGCGGAAGCCGAGCCGAGGCGACGGCCAUGGCGAGCGCCGCGCCGCCGCCACCGGACUCGGAGCCGCCCGAGUGCCCGGUGUGCCUCUCGCCCUUCGACGCCGCCUCCGUCGUGCCGCGCGUCCUUCCGUGCGGCCACUCCCUCUGCGGCUCCUGCAUCUCCUCCCUCCCGCCCGCCUCCGCGUCGGCCGCGGCCUCGUCCCUCCGCUGCCCGCUCUGCUCCCAGUGCGUCCCCUUCUCCCGGGCCCUCGGCCCCUCCUCCCUCCCCAAAAACCUCGCCCUCCUCUCCCUCCUCCCAUCCCUCCCCAACCCUUCCCCGCCCCGCACCGCCGGGGCCGCAUCCGCCUCCGCGGCGCGACCCCUCCCUCUCCCGCUCCACGCCGCCCACUCCCGCCUCCUCGCCCGAUUCCGACACGCCAUCCUCCCCGAGUCCGCCUCCCCGCUACACUCCUCGCCGCCCGGCCACCCUCCCGCCGGCCUCGCGCUCGGGUCGAUCGCCUGCGACCUCGGAGCCCCCUGGUUCUGCUCGCGGGGACACCCCGUAAGCCUCCUCCCGAUCGAUGCUCCCGCCGGCGGGGCGCCGACGCAGGAGGCCGCGUUCUACCGGCCCAGCCACGCCGCGCGGGUCAUCGCCGCGAUCGACGCGCUGAGCAGCGCCGCGAGAGAGGAGAUGCUCGAUUUGGUGGCCGCCUCCACGCGAUUGGCGCGGCGGGUGUGCAGGGUUUACGGCGCCUGGAUGGGUCCCGUGGCGGCAACGCUGUGGCUGGUCUCUGAACGGUACACGCCGGGAGUUCCCCCCUUGUUGAAUGAGAGGAGCGACGAGCUGGAAACUGUGGCUCGGAUUGGAGCUCUUGGAAUGGAGGUGUGUGAAGCGCUCAUGGGAUUGCACGGCGAGGGGCUGGUGCUGGGUUGCCUCCGGCUGGACUGCUUCAGCCUUGAUCAUUUUGGGCGCUGCCUGCUCGACUUGAAUGAGGUUUUGGCCUUGUGCCUUGGAGUCCGGGCAGGGGUUUGCUUGUCCAAGGAUGGUGCUUUGGUUGCUCCCGAGAUGGUGGCAAUUCUGAGGGACGCCACAAGGAUGAGGAGUCAUGAUUUCGAUGGCUUGAUAGGGCGUAAUUCAGAUGUUUGGCUGAUGGGCUGUAUAUUGGUGGCGCUUGUUACUGGAGACGAGCGGCUUGCGGCGGGGUGGAAUACUGUUGGAUCAUAUGAUGAUUGGCAGAAGGAAGUGCUUACGAGGCUUGACGCUGCAUUGGUUGGUACACAGUUAGAACCAUUGGCUGCAACUACAGCGUUAUGCUUAAGCUAUGAACCAGAAAGCCGCCCUGAGAUUGCUGAUGUUUGGAAAUGUAUCAGAGGCUCACAGAUGAAACCUGGUGCCGAUGCUUUGGCUCCUGCUGAUGAUAUUGUAGCUCAGAAAAGUUUUAGGUGUUUGCUCCUCGGGGAGUUGUCCUCAAUGUGCUCCGCCCAAGCUGUUGAGUCAGAUGAUAUAGUGCAGCCCUCUCAAGAUUCUGAUGACAAAAGUUCAACUCCAGAUGAUGAAAACAAUUGUGGUUGCUCGAACGACGAGUCUGUUUCCACAGCAGGAACAGAUGAGCCACAGCGUAACGGAGUGUUUAAAUCUUCAACUCUGCUCGCUCACCGUGACUGCGUCACAGGAUUAGCCAUUGGAGGUUUACGACAAGGGUUCUUAGACCAAAUAAGGAGUCGCUAACCAUUUGCUACUCCAUGGCCCUAUAUAUAUUGUGAAUAGCUUACUCUACUGCGAGCGUGAUGAAGAAAUACACAUGGAAACAUAACAUAUCACCGUUCUGAUGAACUAUGAUACACCUGUAUGGUAAAAGUUUGAAGGGAAAUGCAAGCUAGAUUAGGUAUUUGUAACUUAAACAGUUAUCCACUAUAGGCAUAAUUAUCUGUUAUAAUCCACUAUAGGCUAUGGGUUGAAUUUCAAGUGAUUAGGUCUGCACUUGGAUGCUAUAUGGGUUGAAAUUUUAAGUGAUUACGUCCACAUCG